UUCAAAACAACCGGUAACUCGGAAUAAACGAGCAGCGAAUGGGAAAAUCGUAGUGAACGGUCAUCCAACUCUGGAACUUGGCCCUCUUUCUAGAGCUCCGACUUUCCGACCUAAAGUCCACUGACGUCAUGAUUUGAUCUCGUACUUUUCGGAGUUCCCAGUUGUUUUGAACGCGACAUGAGUUUACAAACGAUGGUUUGAGACCCAUAGGUGGAUUGGGACAAAUCAAAAGGAUUGUAUUUAUUUUUUGGGUCAUAAAAAUGCCAAAAGGUUUUACGGAGUGGAUCACAAACCUACGUUAAGUUUGUUAUACAGAUUUAAGAGGGGAUCACACCCUUGUAUUGUGUACUAUGUGAUGUAUUUCUGAUAAUUUUGUAAGAAUUUGACUCUCAAAUGCAAUAGUUCUGAAUCCCCAGGACACAUGUCACUCACAUGGUCCUGACAUCAUUGAUGACGCUGCGGGUAUAAUGCUUUGUGGCUUGUUAUAAGCAUGCAUGAGCCUUUAUAAUAAUCCUAUUAUAAGGCUUAUAAUAUGUUAUAAUGUCUCUCUAUGUAUGGAAUUGUUAGAUCAUUGUGAGAUGAUAACAACACAUUUUAAGUGGCAACAAGGUAGUGUCAAGUCAGUGAGAAAUGCUGGACCAAUUAAAAGACUCAGGUGCAUUUCACUACAUGUCCCAUCAUGCACAUCGAAGGGGGCGUAGUCGCUGUAAAUACAUGGCAAAUUCCUGCAGACAGUGAGGAUGAAGAGCUCUUAAUCAGUAGAUUAAAGCCCUUUUAUUGAUUCUUUUGAUUGUGCUAGUCGUUCUACCUUAAAACGAUGACUUCAAAGGACCCGAAUGCAUCAAAUAGUGCCCUGCUUUAUUUGAUUUAUCAGCAUUUAAAGGAGAAUGGUUACCAGAAGGCUGCAAACGUGCUGAAAAAACAUGUAACUCAGAUGGAAACACCAGGAGAUAUCACCUCUUUACAUGACAUCUACACAAGUUGGACCAAGGUCUCAGAAAUCGGACAAAAUCCAAAACAAGAGCCUGAAGUGGAUUCCACCACCCUGAAGAAGAUUAAGGCCGAUCCAUCAACCAAAGAAGAAGAUGUGGACUCAAAACCAAUUGAUUCUCUACCUCCUGCCCCCCACACACCCCAGGCUGCGGAUGCAGAAACCCCCCAGGCUGCAACCCCAGAGAAUGAGGAGCCGGUCCCACAGGAUGAGUUGCCAUCUACUCCAGUCAGUAACGGGACAGUGGAAACAUCAGCCCCUGUACCAGCGGUCACCCCUUUAAAACCAGCAGAGAGCUCAGACAGUGACUCUGAGAGCAAGGAGGAGAUUCCCCUCACACAGGGAGCUACUGUCACCCCAAAGGCCUCUUCAGCUGUCCCUACCACCACGCCCUCAAAACAUGUAGACAGUAACAGCGAAUCAGACAGUGAGAAUGAGAUUCCUCCAUCACAGACUGUUGUCAUUCCCAGUACGGCCUCAGCUCCCAGUAAGACUCCAGCCAACCCCACAGCUCCCAGUAAAGCAGAGAGUUCAGACAGUGACACCUCAGACAGUGAAGAGGAGGUUACUGUCAAGAAACUAACAUCUAAAGCUGCUCUUGUGAAAUCAGCCAAGGCGCACCCAGCAGCCCCAGUGAAGCCCAGUGUAGUCACCCCCAGUCAGGCUAAAGCUGCUCCCAAGACUCCUGCUGCAGAGAAGAAAGCACAGAGCUCUGACAGCGACAGCUCAGACUCAGACAGUGAGGAGGAGGCUCCUAAAAAGAAACCUGUGGCGACACCCAAAGCCAAGCCUGUGGCUGCAACUCUGGUCAAGGCAGAAGCAGUGAAAUCCACCCCUAUUAAAAAAACAACAAACAGCUCAGACAGUGACAAUGAUGACACUGAGGAGGAGGCUCCUGUAAAGAAAUCAACACAGACACCGAAAGCUGCUCCUGUAAAACCAGCCAAGGCGUGUCCAGCAGCACCAGUGAAGCCCAAUGUAGUCACCCCCAGUCAGGCUAAAGCUGCUCCCAAGACUCCUGCUCCCAAGACUCCUGCUGCAGAGAAGAAAGCACAGAGCUCUGACAGCGACAGCUCCGACUCAAACAGUGAAGAUGAGUUAUUUAUAAAGAAAUCAACACAGACCCUGAAAGCUGCUGCUUUGAAACAAGCCAAGGCGAUCCCAGCAGCCCCAAUAAAGCCCAGGGUAGUCACCCCCAGUCAGGCUAAAGCUGCUCCCAAGACUCCUGCUGCAGAGAAGAAAGCACAGAGCUCUGACAGCGACAGCUCAGACUCAGACAGUGAGGAGGAGUUAACUGUAAAGAAAUCAACACAGACCCUGAAAGCUGCUGCUUUGAAACAAGCCAAGGCGAUCCCAGCAGCCCCAAUAAAGCCCAGUGUAGUCACCCCCAGUCAGGCUAAAGCUGCUCCCAAGACUCCUGCUGCAGAGAAGAAAGCACAGAGCUCUGACAGUGACAGCUCAGACUCAGACAGUGAGGAGGAAGCUCCUAAGACCAAGCCAGGGGCAGCUGCUCCAGUCAAGGCUGUAGCAGUGAAAUCACCAGAACCAGUGAAGUCCAGCAAACUAGCUAUCACUCCCUCAAAACCAGCAGAGAGCUCAGAGAGUGACAGCACUGAGGAUGACAUUUCUUUCACACAGACUCCUGUUAAAUUCAUAGAGGCAGCUCCCAGUAAGGCCUCGGCUCCCAGUAAGACUCCACCCACCCCCACAGCUCCCAGUAAAGCAGAGAGUUCAGACAGGGACACCUCAGACAGUGAAGAGGAGUUUAUUGUCAAGAAACCUGCACUGACACCCAAAGCUGCUCCUGUGAAAACAGCCAAGGUGCGCCCAGCAGCCUCAGUGAAACCCAGUGUAGUCACCCCCAGUCAGGCUAAAGCUGCUCCCAAGACUCCUGCUGCCAAGACUCCUGCUGCAGGGAAGAAAGCACAGAACUCUGACAGUGACAGCUCAGACUCAGACAGUGAGGAGGCGGCUCCUGUAAAGAAAACCACCCCAGCCUCAACCCCAAGCAAGGCUAAAGCCACUCCUAAGAGCCCAGCUGCAGCUGCUAAGAUGGAGACUGACAGCUCAGACUCCUCUGACAGUGAGGAUGAGGCUCCAGCCAAGCAGGCCCCUGCCAAGCCCACCCCCAGCCCGGCUAAAACCACACCCAAGGCCCCUGCUGCAGCUAAGAAGGCCGACAGCUCGGACAGUGAUGAGUCUGACUCUGAGGAGGGCAAGCCAGCUAAAAAGGUCACUGCUAUCGCCGUAGCCAAACCUUCAACUCCAGUACAGGAGGAGGACAAAGAUUCCUCCGACAGUGAGGAUGAAGAAACACCAUUGAAACCAGAAUCCACACCAUCUGAGACAGCUGUCACUCAAACCCAGGCAACGCCUCCUGCUGGCAAUGAGGGAGGUACAGAGGAACACAGUCCAGCAGAGGUACAUACGGAAGUUGAAGCUGCUCCAGUCAUACCUAAAACUGAAGCAGCAGCUGAGGACAAUAGCAGUGAUGAUCCAACCGAUAUUGAAGGAUCUCCUCCUGAAGUCCCUGAGGUAGACACACCCCCUGCCUCUGGGCCAGAGAGUGCAAAGGAGGAGGAGGUCCCAGAGAGUCCCCAGAAGGUCCUAAAGACAGACACUUCUUCAGAGAAGCCCAAGACAGAGGAUCAGAUAGUGACCUCUACAACAUCAGAGGACAAGAGUGACACCCCUGAACUCCCGUCAGAAGCCCCUGUUACGGCUGCUGAGAUCAGAACUGCUUUAGAAGAGGAAUCAAAGGAGUGUGUUGACCCAGUUAUCCCCAAUUCAGCAUCUGAAGACUUGGAGCCUGAAAAAGUGACCAUUGAGACAGUUGCUGAGACAAUCCCCACAGAGACAGAGGAACCACUCACAGAGGAACCACCCACUGAUACCCCAACACCUGGAUCAAAGAGGAAGAGGAGUAAAGAGACAACGGAAGCAACUCCCAAGAAGAAGAAGAUGAAGAAGAAGAAGAAGAAGAAGGGGGAGGUUGAAGAGAAUGGGCAGCCUGCAGUAGAGGAGGAUUGUGGUGAGUCCAGUCUGGACACAAAGCGGUUGGAGCUGACUCCAUCAGACGAUUCCAAGGUGGAUACCACCCUGGCUUCAGAGUCUGGCUCCACCACUCUUGUUCUGUCAGCAAAGUCCCUCAAGAAAAGGAAAAGAAAGAGGGUGAAGAAAAGAAGAGGGGCGAAGGCCGAGAGGGAGUCACCGGAAGAGGACGAAAAAACAGACUUCGUCCCAAAAAAUAAAAAAAUUAAAAAGAGCAAGAAAAACACAGCAGCCACUCUGACACCACCAACCAACAACCAGACCAAGGAAACUCCAAAGACCACAGCUGCUAAGAGGCCUCUUCCUCCCACCCCUGAACCGGAAGAGCUAGAGACUCCCAAAAAGAAGAAGAAGAAGAAAGUCGCAGAGAAAGGGAGCGCUGUGAAGGAAAAUACAACUCCAGUCAUUGAAAUAAAGAAGAGAAAGAAGAAGGGUGCUAAAGCUGAAAACACUGUGAAAGACUCUGCAAUCUCAACUCCUGAACCGAGCCUUACACCAGAGACCCCAAAAAACAAAAAGAAGAAAAACAAGCUGACAGAGAAAAAGGGGAAAAUGAAAACUGCAUUGAAAACACCAGUAAAAGCCUCAACAGGACCUUUGCCUAACACAGAAGUGACUACGAAAAAUAAGUCCUCCAAAAAGAAAUAAUCCAAUGGUGAAAUUUCAGGAGAUGGUGGAUUUCUUCUCCAGGGAAUGAAGUGGAGCUGCUGACGUCAAUCAGAAGACAAUCACACUGGUGCCUGAGGUUUCAACCAAAAGGGGAAACUGGAGUUCUGGCCUGUAUAUGUACUUAAGGUUCUACACAUGUAUUUUAGGGGAACAUCUGUAUUGUGUUACUAACAACACAAUCUAUGUUUUAACCAUAUAUUCUAUAAGCUUGCUAAACCAGGCAUGUAUUGACAUGAAAAAGGCAAAAUACUCAUACCAUUCUAUUUGAAGUGUUGAAUAAACGGGACACUGAAAUUAACACAUUUGCACAGCCUGAUGGAACGUAAACCCAUCUUCAGUGUAUUUGCCAAGUCUUAACUAAUGAUAAAACAAUCAUUGGGCAUUAAUAUGUCCUUGGUCUAGCAUUGCUGUCAAGGAAAUGUUGUAGGGUGUAGUGCUCUUGCAUGUUGUGGGUUUUAAUUUCUGUUCUUUAAGCUGUGAACACUUCCACAUAAUUGUGUGUAAGGUAAGGGAUUGUUAGGACUCUGGGAACACUUGUAGCAAAUGUCACUCCAAAUACUAUACUCCUCACAAAUCCUGUACUAUGCACCUCACAAAUCCUGUACUAUGCACCUCACAAAUCCUAUUGCUGAGCCCAUAGCCUUGUUUUAGCACUUAUUUUAGACCCAUACACCUAUGCAGAGGAAGGUUCUGGAGGACCAGAGGAGGAUAGCUGAUCUGACUGACUCAGAGAAUUUGCUGAACUCCCAUGUUUACAAACCUGUUUUUCUGUCACAUUCUUGUGAAAACAAACUUUUCUUCCAUUUGUCAUUUCUGAUUGUUCAUCGUUAUCAAUAAAAAUGGUUUAAUCUCUUAA